AUGACACCAGACAUCAAUAUUUCCAUUGACCGCGGCGGCACAUUCUGCGACGUCCUCGUCCAAACCCCCCACGCAGAGCUCGUCUUCAAACUCCUCUCCGAAGAUCCCCAAACCUAUCGCGAUGCCCCAACGGAAGCAAUUCGCCGAGCCCUCGAAAUCAUCGAGAGACGGCCAAUCCCAAUUGACUCAAAACUGGACGGGUCACGGAUUGCAUCGUGUCGGAUUGGGACGACCAUCGCUACGAAUGCACUGCUUGAGGGAAAAGGACGGGAAUUCGCUUUUGUCACAACGAAGGGAUUUAAAGAUGUCUGUGUGAUUGAUGAUCAGAGUCGGCCGAAGUUGUUUGAUUUGAAUGUGCGGAAGCCGCCGGCGUUGCACGCUACGUCUGUGGAGAUUGAUGAGCGGGUUACGAUUGAAGAUUAUGAUUUGAAUCCGUUUCCGAUGGAUAAAAAGGACAGCAUCACUGAUCCAGCCUUGGUGAGGACGGCGAGUGGUGAGGUUAUUCGCAUUUUCAAGGCACCAGACGAAAGUCAGGUUCGGCAGGUUCUAGCAGAUGUGCAGUCUGCCGGAUAUACAUCUCUCGCCAUCUCAUUCAUGCACUCCUUCCUCUAUCCCAAUCACGAAGAUCUAGUGGCUGACAUAGCCCGCGAAAUGGGAUUCGAGUAUAUCACCAAAGCAUCCGAGAUCAGCCCUACGAUCAAGUUUCUCAAUCGCAGCAGUUCCGUCUCCUCCGAGGCGUAUCUAUAUCCCAUUGUGAGAGACUACGUGGCAGCCUUUCAAUCCGGAUUCGAAAUUCUCCCACAACGAGUGGAAUUCAUGAGCUCAGAUGGCGGACUACGACAAGCAGCCAAGUUCCGCGGAAAUGAGGCUCUCCUCAGCGGACCAGCAGGAGGCGUCGUAGGAAUUGCCCGAACCUGCUUCGACGAGGAUGGAAAAACACCCCUUCUAGGCUUCGACAUGGGCGGAACCAGCACCGAUGUAUGUCGAUAUGACGGGGCCUACGACUAUCUCACAGAAACUACCGUCGCCGGUCGAAAGAUCACCACAUCCAUGUUGAACAUCGCCACGGUAGCCGCGGGUGGUGGAUCGAUGCUGUUUGCGCGCCAUGGACUGUUUGUCGUUGGGCCCGAGAGUGCCGGUGCUCAUCCGGGCCCUGCGUGUUAUCGAAAGGGAGGUCCGUUGACGGUGACGGAUGCGAAUCUGUUUCUGGGACGACUGGUUCUGUCUGCUUUUCCGACUAUAUUUGGGCCUGGGGCUGAUCAGCCUUUGGAUUAUGAAGGUACCAAGAAGAAGUUUGAGGAGAUUACGAGGGAGGUGAAUGAACAGACAGAACAGACUCUUACAGCAGAAGAAGUUGCGCAGGGCUUUUUGACAGUCGCCAACGAGACUAUGACGCGGCCAAUGCGGAAUGCAACUGAAGUGCGAGGAUAUGCGCCUAGUGGCCAUUAUCUGGUUAGUUUUGGAGGUGCAGGAGGACAGCAUGCGUGUUCUAUUGCUGAUAGAUUGGGGAUAAGACGGGUUGUGGUUCAUCGACAUUCGUCCUUGUUGUCUGCAGUCGGUAUAGCGCAGGCUGAGCUGCAGUCUGAGUUAUCAACACCGUACGCUGGUGUGUUCCAUCUUGAUGUGCUUGACCAUAUCAGAAAACAUAUUGAUGUCCUUAAAGAACAAGUCAAGAAAGAUCUGGUCUCACAAGGCGCUGACGAGAGUACGAUUGAAUUCGACGAGUCUCUGAGUAUGCGAUAUGCAGGCACUGACACCAACUUGGUUAUAUCAAAGCCCGCUGGAGAGAAUUAUGGAAAUGCUUUCAUAAAGAGACAUCAGCAGGAGUUCUCCUUCAUCCUACAGAGGAAUAUCGACAUCGAUUCCAUCAAAGUCCGCGGUGUUGGGCGAAGCAGUCCUUCUACUGCAGCAUCCCCUUAUUCUCUCUUGCAGAAGGCCAGGGUAGAACCAGAUGCUCAAUCAGCAUCUUCUCAACAGGUCUUUAUAGAUGGUACAUGGAAUGAUGUUCCUAUCUUCAACCUCGAUUCUGUCCCCAGACCAGGUCGACGACAAGGCCCUGCAUUGCUCAUCGACGCAACCCAGACCAUCUUCGUAGAACCUCAGUUCACUGCAUACUUCCUACCAGACCACGUCAUUCUCGAAAGAACAGAUACCACCAAGCCAGAUGAGACUAUAUCAACAUCACAAACCAUCAAUCCCAUCCAGCUCUCCGUCCUCUCCCACAGAUUCAUGUCCAUCGCCGAACAAAUGGGGCACACCCUCCAACGCACCUCCAUCUCAACGAGCAUCAAAGAACGUCUCGACUUUUCCUGCGCCAUAUUCUCGCACGAGGGGAAGCUAGUCGCUAACGCACCGCACAUCCCCAUCCAUCUGGGCAGUAUGCAGUAUGCGAUUCGAUAUCAACAUCGAUUAUGGGCUGGGAAGUUGAAAGCGGGUGAUGUGCUGCUCACGAAUCAUCCGGAGUGUGGUGGGACGCAUUUGCCUGAUUUGACGGUGAUUACACCGGUAUUCGUCGAUAAUGAGGGAGAGGUUGCGUUUUAUGUUGCUGCACGCGGUCAUCAUACGGAUAUUGGUGGUCAGGGUAUCACGUCGAUGAUGCCAGACUCGAAACAGCUAUGGCAGGAGGGAUUCAACGUGCGGUCUAUGAAGAUAGUAAAUGACGGUGUCUUUCUCGAAGAUGAACUGAGAAGGGCAUUUCUGGCUGCUGGUGAUCUCCCCGGAUGCAGUCCAACCCGUCGACUGGAUGAUAACAUCUCCGACAUAAAAGCGCAGAUCUCAUCUAACCAACGCGGCAUCCUUCUUCUCCAGAAACUCUGCACCGAAUCCAGUCUCCCAUUCAUCCAGACAGCCAUGGCAGCUAUCCAAACCAACGCCGAGACAGCCGUACGGGCGUAUCUCAAGCAGAUAGCGCACGCCCGCACCAUGCCCCUUUCCGCAACAGACCACUUCGACGAUGGUACCAUCCUCCGCAUCAGCAUCACCAUCGAUAAGAAGACAGGCGGCGCAAUCUUCGACUUUGCGGGCACAGGCCCCCAAAUGUGGGGGAAUUACAACUGUCCGAUAUCCAUCACACAUUCGGCCAUCAUGUACUGUCUCCGCUGUCUCGUCAACGCCGACAUCCCGCUCAACGACGGCUGUCUCUCGCCGAUAGAUAUCCGCAUUCCGAAGGGAUCAGUGCUUCGUCCUAAUUCCUCCGUUGCGAUAUGCGGAAGUACACUCGCCAGCCAGCGCGUCAUCGACGUGAUACUACGGGCCUUUGCAUCCUGUGCUGCAUUUUCCGGCUGCGCGAAUAGCUUCGGCUGGGGAAUGGGCGGGAAGAAUCCUAUUACAGGUAUUAUAGAGCCAGGCUGGAGUUACGGCGAGACAGUGGGCGGGGGGUGUGGUGCUGGACCUGGCUGGGACGGUGAACACGCGGUGCAGGCACACUCCACAAAUACCAAAAUCACAGACGCAGAAGUCGUUGAAAAGCGAACCCCCGUUAUCGUCAGACGACAUGCGAUUAACCAUGGAACUGGCGGGAAAGGAAAAUACAAAGGAGGAGAUGGAGCAGUGCGGGAGAUUGAAGCUCGAGUGCCGCUUCAGUUUAGCAUUCUGAGCGACCGUCGAGUCGUCGCUCCGUAUGGGAUGAAUGGGGGAGAUGAAGGGCAGGUUGGGGGGAAUUACGCAUUUAAAUGGAAUGAAGAUAGAACUGGGUUGGAUACGUUGUCUUUGGGUGGAAAAGCAGCGCUUCGGUUAGAGGCUGGCGAAAUCAUGCAGAUCAACAGUCCGGGAGGAGGAGGAUGGGGGUUUCGUGGAUAG